AUGUCAACUGAGGGCGCGCCCGCCUUCCUCCCGCUGCGCACGCGCAGUGAGCGCACCUCCCGGCAACCGGGGAGCCUGGAGCGGGAGAGAAAGUCGUGCGCAUGCGCGCGGCAUCUCCAGCGCAUCGGCCCGGAGCUCGCCUCCCCUCUCCCCCCUGAGCCGCGGAACACCUCGCUGCCGCCAGCUGCUCUGGACUGGCGAGGUGCAGCGCGACGCUCCCCCGUGAAGCGCUGCUGGGGACGCGGCAGCCUGCCCGCCCCCCCGCCCUGCCCGCCCUUCCCCGUGCGGCCGGCCUCCCCGUCGCCCCCCGCCCGCUCCCCUAAGCCGAGCCCAGCUGCGGUGCGGCUGCGAGCGCACUCCCGCAGGGCCCUCGUCCUCCAUCCGUAG